AUGGAUUUGGACGCCUUGGCUAAGGCUUAUGAGGUGGUCAAGACCUACCCGACGGUUUUACAGCAGGCGAAGGAUAAUAUGGAGCGUCUCCCAAAGUGUGUUGUCUUGACACGAGUUGGGUCGUUUUACGAGUUAUACUUCCAUCAAGCCGAUGAGUUUGGUCCACUGCUGAACCUGAGAGUCGCACAGAAGAAAACUCAACACGGUCCUGUAUCUAUGGCAGGAUUCCCUUUUAUGCAUCUCGAUCGAUACCUAAAAAUCCUAGUACAAGAAUUGCAUCAGUAUGUUGCAAUCAGCGAUGAAUUCCCAAACAUAUACGCAAAGCCCGGGGCACCGCAGCAAGCUGCUCUCGCAAAGAAUCUGGUGAACCCAGAGGAUUAUAUGGACAAAAAUGAGAUUGGACAGAAGACUGCGAAUAUGUUUAUCCGUCGAGUCUGUCGGAUUAUCACUCCAGGUACACUCAUCGACGAGAAGUUUUUGAAUCCGACAGAAAAUAACUUCAUCGUGGCUAUCUCUCUCCGGCCGAAAUCCGAUCAACUGGUCGCGCAGUCUGACGGUACGGACGAUGCUGAUGCUGAGCAUUUCCAUAUCGGCUUAUCGUGGCUUGAUUUUUCUACAGGCGAUUUCUUCACACAGGUAAGCUCGAACGCAACGCUGAUCAGCGACAUUGCAAGGAUUGCCCCGAGUGAGAUUUUAGUCGACAAAGGUUUGAACAGUGGACCAGCACGCCAUAUAUACCGGAAGCUAGAGGAGCAGCAGUAUUUCAUCACUAUGGAGAAUUUCCCUGAGCUCAACGAAGAACACGCUCAAGGAGGCGAGUCUAGUGAGAUGGACGACGGCAAGUUGAAUGGUCAAAAAAGAGAUUUCUUAAAGGACUGGAAUGAUUUGUUUGAGUCUGAAGAAUCUGCGCCCGACAUGAUCAAAAUAUUGACCCACGACGAGUUGAACGCAUGUACAGUGCUGCUUCGUUACAUCCGAGACAAACUCCCUGAGACGUCGAUCAAGGUUCAGGUGCCGGUCCGCAGAGUGCCAGAUGACAACAUGCUGAUUGACGUCAACUCACUUCGCGCUCUUGAGAUCAAGAAAACUUUGAGAGAGCAGUUGACCAGUGGUAGCUUGCUCAACACGAUCAAGCGUACAGUGACAAAGUCUGGAACGAGGCUGCUUUCGGAUUGGCUGUCAUCUCCGACUACCUCUAUCGCUGUCAUCAAUCAGCGGCAAAACCUGGUAGAGUCGUUUUUGAACGAUGAUCACGUUCUCCAGAUGGUAAUCUUAUAUCUCAAGCGGACUCACGAUGCCAACCGGGUGGUGCAAAGGCUUGCGCUCGGUCGUGGAGAUGCAGAGGAUAUGAUUGCGCUUCUCCAGUCGAUCCAACAGACCGCUAAGCUGCGCGAACUCCUGGCUGAUUACGUCCUCAACAAGACCGAGGAAAACGAGAUUGCAGGACCGACUUUCCAGCAGAUAGUCGAUCGGUUAGCUGACCUGAGCGACCUGGAACGGUUGAUUGUGAAUGCGUUUGACCAGGAGCUGGUGUUUCAGCGUUUGACCGCCGAGGAGCAGCGAUUGGCUGACGAGAUGGCGCGCCUAGAGCAAGGGGUUGCUGAUCUCAACGAGGUUGGCGAGAUCAAGAAGCCCAGUAAGAAAAAGCCACAGACUCGGAAAGGUGCGCCGAUUGAAAUGAUGGAGAUUAUGAAGCGAAAUGCGUCCCGGAGUCUUAUGAGACUACACAACUCUUUGAGGAAGUCGAUAGCCGAAAGAGACAAGAUGGAGCGUGAUUUGAAGGAGCAAUUGGACGCUCCGACUAUUGAUCUUCGAUGGGCUCCAGGCCUAGGCUUUUACGUUCAUGCUGCAGGCAAAGAUUUCGAAAAGUUCGAAAGUGUCGAGACUGAGUACGGGAAUACAGAGGCGAGAUGCAUCAUUGCACGGAAAAAUACUAGGUCUUAUCAUCUGGACCGUUGGACCGUGGUGGGAAGUCGCAUCGACUCGUAUAAAAUGAUGAUCCGAGUAGAGGAACGAAAGAUCUUUAACGACAUCAGGCAGCAGGUAGUCGCACACCUUGCACCGAUCCGAAGAAACGCCCGGGUGUUGGACGAACUAGAUGUUACCUCGUCAUUUGCCGUGUUUGCUCGAGAGCGUCAACUGGUGAGGCCGGUCGUGCAUAACAGGCUUUCUCAUCAUAUUGUCGCGGGACGGCAUUCGACGGUCGAGUACGGGCUGGCGAAAAAGGGAGUAGCGUUUACGCCGAAUGAUUGCUUUUUGGAUGAAAAAGAGCGGCUUUGGUUGAUUACGGGGCCGAAUAUGGGCGGUAAGAGUACAUUUCUUCGACAGAACGCUCUCAUCAGCAUAUUGGCGCAAGUGGGAUCUUAUGUGCCAGCGGAUUUCGCAGAGCUGGGAAUCGUUGAUCAGAUUUUCAGUAGAGUGGGAUCAGCUGAUAACCUGUACCGAGACGAGUCGACGUUUAUGGUUGAGAUGCUUGAGACGGCAGCUAUCCUGAAGCACGCGACACCGCGGUCGUUUGUGAUUAUGGAUGAAAUUGGACGGGGAACGACGCCAAUGGAGGGGCUUUCGAUCGCAUAUGCUGCGCUGCAUCAUCUGUAUCAUGUCAACAAAUGCCGCACGCUUUUCGCUACUCACUUCCACGACUUGGGUGAGAUGAUCGAGGACAUGCCCCACGCUGCGUCGUACUGCACCGACCUGAGUGAAAACGAGCUGGGACUCUACUUUGACCACAGGCUGAGAAAGGGAGUCAACCACCUGUCUCAUGGAAUUCACGUUGCACGAUUGGCAGGUCUUCCAGCUGCUGCGCUUGAAGUCGCAGAAGCCACUUUGAUAAAGCUGGAUCCAUUGGGUUCGGCUGCGCGAAACGGUCGUUCUGAUGACAGUGGUGCGGGCUCGACACAUACCCAUGAACCGGAGAGACACGAGUCGGUUGCUAGUGUAGCUUAA